UUAUAUACUCUUUAAACAUGAAAAAUUCCCAUACAGUUUGAUCUUUCUCUCUCUAAAACCCUACGAUAGAGACAUGCUCAAAAAGUCUCAUACAUCUAUAUAUUCUUGAUGCUUUCUUUGAGUUUUAUUAUUCCUUUCUAACACAAACAGUUUCCCCCUUUUGCUUGGAUGAUGGGUUUGGGCUUUAUAUUCUUUAAUCCUGUUGUUGUCUUUCUGAAAUUCCCCUUUCAAGUUUAAGCUUUUCUUCUUUCUUGACCAAUAUUUGAAAAAAAAAAUCCAAUCUUUUUGAAAUCCCACCACCCCACAUGUGUGCUCAGGGGUUUAUCUGAUCGGAAUCGGAUCAAAAGUGUUUCGUGGUAGCUGAAUUCUGUUCAAUCAAACAAGCCAGAAGAACAAUAAGAAGGUUUGGCUUCUUCUAUAUUGUUCUAUCUAUCCUCAUUUCAUUCGAAUAUUGAAGUAAAUUAAAUUGGGUUUUUGUUCAAUUUGACCAAUUCUGUGAGUAUUUCAUACGUUUACCAGACUUUCUAUGAACCUUUCUUGACCUGGUAACAGUUGAAUAGGAUUGAUCAAGUCAAAAACUUCGGGUCUUGCCCUAAUUGCUCCCAUGGCAGCCAUGAAUGUUGCUCCAUAUUCCCAUAGCCCCACCCAUAAAGCCGUAUUAACGAAAGAUUACGCGGGUCUUACCAAAAUAAUCUCGGGUCUCCCUCAUCUCAGUGACCCGUCCAAAAUCCGCACCGAAUCAGCCUCCAUUGCAGAGGAAGCCAUAGCCGAUGCAAUCUCAACAGUCAUCGAUCGCCGUGAUGUCCCAAAUCGUGACACCCCUCUCCAUUUAGCCGUCAAACUGGGUGACACCGCCGCCACGGAAACACUCAUGCUCGCCGGAGCUGAUUGGAGCUUGCAAAACGAACAUGGUUGGAGCGCCCUUCAAGAAGCCAUAUGCAACCACCAAGAACACAUCGCUAAAAUCAUAAUCAAACACUAUCAACCCACAGCUUGGGCUAAAUGGUGCAGAAGAUUACCUCGACUGUUACAAACCAUGAGAAGAAUGCGUGAUUUCUACAUGGAAAUCACUUUCCAAUUCGAAAGCUCUGUGGUUCCAUUCAUUUCCAGAAUUGCCCCUUCCGAUACUUACAAGAUAUGGAAACGUGGUGCAAAUUUGAGGGCAGAUAUGACUUUAGCCGGAUUCGAUGGUUUUACAAUUCAAAGGGCCGAUCAAACUGUUCUCUUUCUCGGUGAUGGUUCUGAAAAAGUUCCUCCGGGAUCUCUUUGUAUGAUUUCACAUAAAGACAAGGAGGUGAUGAACGCUUUAGAUGGCGCAGGUGCAGUGGCAUCCGAUGGGGAACUGCAGCAGGAGAUCCAAGCCAUGUCUCAGGCUAAUAUGUUUAGGCCCGGGAUUGAUGUCACUCAAGCCGUUCUUUUGCCCCAGAUGACGUGGCGUAGACAUGAGAAAACCGAAUUUGUUGGAAUUUGGAGGGCGAAAGUUUAUGAUAUGCAAAAUGUGGUUGUAAGUAUAAAAUCCCGGAAGGUCCCAGGGGCAAAAUCGGAAAACGAGCUAUUUGGUAAUGAAAAGGAAUCGGAUAGCAAAGAGUUCAAUAACAUUUUGACCAAGGACGAGCAUAAACAACUCGAAGGCACGUUAAACAAUGGGAUUAUCAAACAUCGAGAUAUCCCGAUUGAGAAUGGUGUUGAUUACCAAAAGUCAAAGUCAAAGUCAAGUCAACUCUCGUCUACAAGUCAAAGUCAUAGUAGAUGGAAAGAUGGAGGUCGUGAGAGCGAGUAUAAGAAAGGUUUGAGGCCAAUUUUAUGGCUUUCACCCGAUUUUCCAUUGCAUACGGAUGAAUUAUUGCCUUUGCUCGACAUUUUGGCGAAUAAAGUGAAGGCGAUAAGAAGGUUAAGAGAAUUGCUUACCACAAAAUUGCCAGCGGGGACGUUUCCGGUUAAGGUUGCCAUUCCGGUGAUCCCCACAGUAAGGGUAAUGGUUACUUUCACAAAAUUCGAAGAAUUACAACCGUUGGAUGAAUUCUCGACCCCACCUACAAGUCCUACAGAUGCAGACCGCAAUCCUCACACAACAGGCUCAUCAUCUUGGUUUCAGUGGAUCAAAACUCCGUAUCAAACUGCCAGCUCAUCAACAAGCGGGCCCACUCCGUGUAUAGAACAUGUUAACGACCCGUUCUUAAUCCCUAAUGACUACACGUGGAUCACAGCCGAAGAAAAGAAGAAGAAAAUGCAGGAGAAGAGUAAAUUGAAGAAAGGAAGAACUCAAAACCAGUAAUGGAUUUAAGAACACGAUGAUUUGAUAACAUUGUUUCAAAUAAUUUUUACUAAUUUACAAAUAAUUUACACUUUACACCAUGAACAAAUUCAAGAGACAGGAAUCACAAAGUUAUUGGCUAAUACAGUGAGGGUAUAGAUCUUUUAAUCAUAUUAUUUAUAUUUUUUGUAAUCGUAUUAGUAAUAACUUUUGUUUUUUAUUUUAGUUAAUUAACACUUUAUUGAGGAUUCGUGUUAA